AUGGCUCAUGAAGAAAUGGAGUAUAGUCUUGAGAUGCAGUUAGAGCAUCAUGCUGCAGAACAGCCCGCCCCUGCCGAAGUGGCCGGCAGCCAGGAGGGACCGUCCCCGCUCCAGCCUCUACCUGCCGAAGUGGCCGGCAGCCACGGGGGGCCGCCCCUGCUCCAGCCUGCUACGCGGGUGUCUGCUGACCCGACGGAGGAAGUGGAGCGGUUGGGAGAAGAUGGUGUGGAGGAUGUUCAUCCGGGAGCUUCGGAGGAGCGCGGGCAGGGACCUGGUGUUAACCACCCCGUCCAAGUGUCGUCACUGGAGUCAAUGAACAGCUUCCUCAGCGGGCUGCAGAGGCUUCACGGCAUGCUGGAGUUCCUGAGGCCCCCUUCAGACAACAGCGUGGGGCCAGUGAGGGCCAGGAGGACGAGGGGGUCUGCCUCCCGCAGGUCAAGACCCGGAGCGUCUCAGAGGACCGACCGUGCCAGGUCCAGAGCACCAUUGGAUGCUUACUUUCAAGUGAGCCGGACCCAGCCUCAGUUGCCAACCACGUCUCAUGGUUCAGAGACCAGGAAUCCUGUCUCUGAGGACUUGCAGGUCUCCAGUAGUUCUGAUUCCGACAGCUCCACAGAGUAUGAGGAGGUUGUUGUCCAGGGAGAGGAACCUAGAGCCGUUGUUAUAGAAGACCAAGUAGGAGGUACCUCAGCAGAACAAGAAGUUACAAGUAUCCGUGAAGGAGAGACCCUUCCCAAACAGUCUCCCCAGAAGACCAGUCCUCUUCCAUCUUCUGUUCCUAUGGAUGAUGAAGAAGGGGACACUUGCACAAUAUGUUUGGAACUUUGGACCAAUGCUGGGGAUCACCGACUCUCAGCGUUACGCUGUGGGCACCUCUUUGGGUAUAAGUGCAUUUCUAAGUGGCUCAAGGGACAGACACGAAAAUGUCCUCAGUGCAACAAGAAAGCCAAGCACAGUGACAUCGUGGUUCUUUAUGCCCGAACCCUGAGAGCUCUGGACACUAGUGAACAUGAGCAAAUGAAAAGUUCCUUACUAAAGGAGCAGAUGCUAAGGAAGCAGGCCGAGUUAGAAUCGGCACAGUGCCGGCUCCAACUUCAAGUCCUCACUGAUGAGUGCGCUAAGCUUCAUAGUCGUGUCCAGGAUUUGCAAAAACUUCUUGUGCAGCAUCGGGAUCAGAUUUCACAGCAACCCGGGGGCUCCCAGGCACGUUUCCUGAGCUGCCUGCCCUCCAGCCAGUGCCAGCACAAGUACCGUUUCCAGAAGACCUUCACGGUGUCUCAGACAGGAAACUGCCGAAUCAUGACAUACUGUGACACUCUGAGCUGCCUGGUGGUGUCACAGCCUUCUCCUCAGUCCUCCUUCCUGCCAGGCUUUGGUGUUAAGAUGUUGAGUACUGCCAACAUGCAAAGCAGUCAGUACAUUCCCAUGCAUAGCAAACAGAUCCGUGGACUGGCUUUCAGCAAUCAGCCCAAAGGCCUACUGCUCUCUGCUUCCCUAGACAGCACUAUUAAACUGACCAGCCUGGAGACAAAUACAGUGGUCCAGACUUACAACGCUGGACGUCCUGUCUGGAGCUGCUGCUGGUGUCUUGAUGAAAGUAAUCACAUCUAUGCUGGAUUGGUCAAUGGUUCAAUUCUGGUGUAUGACCUUCGAAACACGAGCUGUCACAUCCAGGAGUUAGUACCCCAGAAAGCCAGAUGCCCACUGGUCUCCCUGUCAUACAUACCCAGAGCUGCCUCGGCUGCAUUUCCUUAUGGUGGCGUGUUGGCUGGAACCUUAGAGAACGCUUCCUUCUGGGAGCUAAAGAUGGGCUUUUCUCAUUGUCCUCAUGUGCUGCCCAUAGAGCCAGGGGGUUGCGUAGACUUUCAGACGGAGAGCAGCACCCGGCAUUGUCUUGUGACCUACAGGCCUGAUAAAAAUCACAGCACUUUACGAAGUGUGCUGAUGGAGAUGUCCUCCACGCUGGACGAUGCUGGAGAGCUGGUCUGUUCCUGCCAUCCUGUGCAAACAUUCCUUGGGGGACCCUCUUGCAAACUACUGACCAAAAGUGCCAUUUUCCAAAACCCGGAGAGUGAUGGCAGCAUCCUGGUGUGUACUGGGGAUGAAGCAUCAAAUUCUGCCCUGCUGUGGGAUGCUGGCAGUGGCUCGUUGCUACAGGAACUGCAGGCCGAUCAGCCCGUCUUGGACAUCUGCCCUUUUGAGGUGAACCACAACAGCUACUUGGCUACCUUAACAGAGAAGAUGGUCCACAUGUAUCGGUGGGAGUGA